AUGAGAGACUCGAUCGAGUGGAAGGAGGACCAACACGAGAAGGAACCCCUCAAGGACCGAGAUGGGGGUGAGGACGAGCAAGACCUUUUGAGAAUGAUCCCUACGAACCGAGCGAGGUGGAAAGUGACCAAGCGUCGAAUCAAAGUGAGAGGGAAGUCUGAUCCAGAAGCUUACUUAGAAUGGGAGAGGAAAAUUGAGUUGGUCUUCGAGUGUCACAACUACUCGGAGGGCAAAAAGGUGAAAUUGGCGGCAAUCGAAUUCUCCGAUUACGUAAUGAUAUGGUGGGAUCAACUUACUACAAGUCGAAGAAGGAACGGGGAGCGGCCAAUCUCAACUUGGACCGAAAUGAAAGCCGUAAUGCGUAGGAGAUUUAUACCUUCUUAUUAUUAUCGUGAACUUUAUCAAAAGUUGCAGAAUUUUAUGCAAGGAAAUCGAAGCGUGGAGGACUAUUUUAAAGAAAUGGAGAUUGGCAUGAUACGUCCGAACGUGGAUGAAGAUCGCGAAGCAACCAUGGCUCGAUUUUUGGCCGGACUUAAUCGUGACAUAGCCAAUGUGGUGGAGCUUCAACACUACAUUGAUAUUGUUGAUAUGGUGCAUGUUGCUAUCAAAUUUGAAAAGCAAUUGAAAAGAAAAAGUUCUAGCCGAAUCUUUCCUAACACCAACAAUCCUCAAAGGUGGAACCAAGGCACGGGUAAGAAAGACUUUUCUAAUCGUACUAAGGAUCAAUCUUUGUCUUCUAAGAUGAACAAACCCGUUGGCGAAACUAGCAAAGGCAAAGAAGUUGCCAUUCCGAAUCGAUCGAGAGAAAUAAAGUGCUUCAAGUGCUUAGGGAGGGGCCAUAUUGCAAGUCAAUGCCCUAACCGAAGUAACAUGAUCGUGCGGGCUAAUGGGGAAAUCGAAUCGGAGGAAGAUGAUGAUGAAGAACCUAAUGAAGUCGCCGAAGAAGAAGACGAACUUGAAUAUGCUGUUGAUGGCGAAAUCCUCGUCAUAAAACAAAGUCUUAGUCUUCAAAGUGUUGAAAACGAACAACAAAGGGAGAACAUUUUCCAUACACAUUGCCAUGUCCAAGGUAAGGUGUGUAGCUUGAUCGUGGAUGGCGGGAGUUGUACAAAUGUGGCUAGCACCUUAAUGGUUGAAAAACUCGGCUUGCCAACAACUAAGCACCCUCAACCUUACAAGCUUCAAUGGCUUAAUGAUGGAGGGGAGUUGAAGGUAACUAAGCAAGUUUUGGUGCCGUUUACUAUUGGAAAAUAUUCCGACGAGGUUUUAUGUGACGUGGUACCUAUGCAUGCUGGUCAUAUGUUAUUGGGUCGUCCAUGGCAAUUUGACCGUAAAGCUAUUCAUGAUGGUUUUACAAACCGCUACACUUUCAAGUUUGAAGGGAAGAAUGUAACCUUAGUUCCAAUGACGCCAAGGCAGGAAUUCGAGGACGUGUUUCCGGAAGACAUUCCUAAUGGGUUGCCGCCCAUUCGAGGAAUAGAACAUCAAAUUGAUUUCUUUCCCGGAGCCUCUAUUCCCAAUCGUCCAGCUUAUCGUACUAAUCCCGAAGAGACCAAAGAGUUACAAAAACAAGUUAAUGAACUUAUGGAGAAGGGAUAUAUACGAGAAAGCCUUAGCCCAUGCGCUGUACCGGUAUUAUUGGUGCCAAAGAAGGACGGAACAUGGCGUAUGUGCGUGGACUGUCGCGCGGUGAAUAAGAUUACUAUUAAAUAUCGACAUCCGAUACCGCGACUAGAUGACAUGUUAGAUGAAUUAAGUGGUGCUCAAUUGUUUUCCAAAAUUGAUCUAAAGAGCGGAUACCACCAAAUUCGAAUGCGUGAAGGGGACGAGUGGAAAACCACUUUCAAAACAAAGCAUGGACUAUACGAGUGGCUGGUCAUGCCGUUCGGGCUUACCAAUGAGCCUAGCACCUUCAUGCGGUUAAUGAAUCAUGUCUUACAUUCUUUUAUCGGAAAAUUUUGCGUUGUCUACUUUGAUGAUAUACUCAUCUAUAGCAAGUCUUUAGAUGAACAUUUACUACAUUUAAAAUCUAUUUUGGGUGUGCUUAGAAAAGAAUCCUUGUAUGCUAAUCUUAAGAAAUGCACAUUUUGCACUAACAAGGUUAUUUUCUUAGGUUUUGUGGUCAGCUCGGAGGGAUUGAAGGUUGACCAAGACAAGGUGAAAGCGAUUCGAGAAUGGCCAAGGCCUACGAGCAUCAGCCAAGUGAGGAGCUUCCACGGGUUGGCAAGCUUCUAUCGUCGAUUUGUUCCAAACUUUAGCACGUUGGCAGCACCUUUAACUAGUGUGAUUAAGAAAUCUUCAGCUUUCUAUUGGAAUGAGGAGUAA